UGCGCGUUGCGGGGAGGCGCGCGGCCGGGCGAGCGCGUGCCGCGGGCGUUGGGCAGGCGGCGGCGCUGCUGAGGCGGUUCUCUGAGGAGGAGAUGGCUCAUCCUCUCCCUCUUCCAAUUCCCUGCCCAGUCCAGCUUGGAAAGGUGAGGGGUGACUCCCUGGAAGCUCAGCUGCAUGAGUAUGUCAGGCAAGGAAACUACGUGAAAGUGAAAAAGCUUCUAAAAAAAGGUAUUUUUGUUGAUGCUGUAAAUUCCAUGGGUCAAACUUCUCUCUUCACUGCUGCAUUGCUAGGUCUUGGUAAAUUAGUGGAUGUGCUGUUGGAUUAUGGCUCAGACGCUAAUCAUCGCUGUUAUGAUGGAAGCACCCCAGUCCAUGCGGCUGCGUUCUCAGGAAAUCAGUGGAUUCUUAGCAAGUUAUUGGAUGAAGGAGGUGAUCUGAGAGUACACGAUAAAAAUGGAAGAAGUCCUCAGUACUGGGCUAUGUCAGCUGGGAAAGAAAGCAGUACUCAGAUGCUGGAAUUCAUACAGCGCUGUAGAUUCCACAUGCAGGCUGCUGUUCAAAAUUUCCCCUCUGAUCUACUCAGGAAGGUUGGCUCAUCAAAAGCGCUGGUCUGCAGUCCGUCUAGGUUUGGCAGCCUUGUUCAGGGAAAUGUUGACAGCCCUCUGGGUAGACUUCUAAAAGGCGGAGCUAAUGCAGCCAGGAACAUUUACAGCUUUGGUUUUGGGAAGUUUUAUCUUGCAGGCAGCGGGCAUCUGGGGUACUUGGCAUCUCUCCCUAUUAUUGGGGAAAAAGACGUGGUUCAGGCAGAUGAUGAACCAACAUUUUCUUACCGUGUUGGACCAUACAUGAUCAUGACAAACUUAAUGUGGGGAGGCAGCAGAGUUACAGUGAAGGAACUCAGCUUUGAGCCCCAUCGGAACUGUAGUAAACUACGCUUAGCUGAUCUCCUCAUUGCAGAGCAGGAGCAUAGUAGUAAACUCCGUCAUCCUCAUUUGCUGCAGUUGAUGUCUGUUUGUCUGUCUAGUGACUUGGAGAAAACCCGAUUAGUAUAUGAAAGGGUUAACUUUGGUUCUCUGUACAGCAUCCUUCAUGAAAGGCGUACAGAAUUCCCAGUACUGCACAUGGAGACAAUUUUGUAUGUGCUGCUCCAAAUUAAUGAUGCUUUGCGUUUUCUACACUCCCGUGGAUUUAUCCACCGUUCAGUUACCUCCUAUGCUAUUCAGAUUGUUUCUUCUGGUGAGGCAAAGCUGUGCAACUUGGAAUACAUGAUAGAGAGCAAAGAUGGUGGAGAACACAGUGAUCUGACACGUAUUCCUGUCCCAGUCCAGCUGUAUAAGUGGUGCUCUCCUGAAGUAAUCCUUGAAGAAGCUGUCACAGUCAAAUCGGAUAUUUAUAGCUUCUGUACAGUAAUUCAGGAGGCCUUGACAGAGACCCCUCCCUGGAAAGGCCUUGAAGACUCGGUUAUUAAACAGCUCAUAAUUUCAGGACAGCGGUUAGAAGCAGAUGUCAGACUUCCUAUGCCCUAUUACGGUAUCAUAAAGUCGGGGCUAGAACCUAAACAGAAGAACCGCUCUGUGAAAUUUCAGGAUAUUCAGUAUAUACUGAAAAAUGACUUAAAGGACUUAACAAAGUCUCAAACUGCUCAUGCUGAUGAACUGUCUAAAGCACAAAGGCCUGCUGUUUUUGCAGAUGUGAACAUCUGUUUGGCAUCAGCUUUUAGCUACCAGAAGAGAACACAGGAACUGCAGGGAAAAGAGAUUACCAAGGCUGACAGCUUGAUUGCCCCAAGAUGCUCCCUUUUUCCUGAGCAGAAUAGUGCUUUAGUGGACCAAGAGGCAUCAACCAGUCUACAGCCAGUUGCACAGGACAGAAAUCAUGAUGCAGCUUCCGAACUCCAGGCAACCCUCAGUGUCAGCGAUGUGGAUGACAGCCUCUGUAGCUUUGAAAUCAAUGAAAUCUUUGCCAGUUUUCCAGAACUUCAUGAAGACUUCCUGGAAGAAGGAGCUGGUUUAGGUCAAACUCUAAAGGAUGAAAAAAGGCAGCAAAAGGAAAAAGAUAAGGCUACCCUCAGUGACCUGUAUGUGGCCCCAGGAGUGCACUGUGAGGAAAGGCCAGUUUAUGAGGAAGGUGCCAUUUCAGAAUCGGGUACAGAGUACACUAGAGAAGAGGAGGAGAAGAUAAGUGAGGCUUCUGACCUAUUCAUACCGGCACAGCCUUUACUCCCACAUGUAUCUGUAAGAUGCAAAAAAAAGUUCAACUUGCAGUGUCGGAGAGGAGGUGAUUCACAUUCUGCAGCAAGUGGAAGUGAAGAAGAGAGGUGGUGCUAUCCGAAAUCAAGAUCUGAAAUUUACAGUACAAAAAUAAGUGAGGAGAGAAGGAUGAUGCAAUCAGAAUGGAGGACUGAAGUAGAGCAAAUGGCCAGAAGAGUGGCCUGGGGACAACUAGAACUUGGCUCUCCAUAUCUGGCCAGUGAAUGUACAUCUGAAAGUGAAGCAGAGAGUAUAAAGGAAGCCUUUCAACAUGUCACUCUUAGAGUCCAAAAAAGUCAAGACCAACAAAGAUACAGGUGUCAGACAGGUGAUGACGUUGAGCCUUUGGAUCUGAGCAGUGAGGAUACAUGUGAAUCUGAGGAGAGUGAUCUGGAGUCUGCAUUCAGGAGUUCUGGAGGGGGAAGUUGCCAGUCGCCAUCGCAGGAUGAACAAGCGGAGUCUGGAAUAGCCAUUCAUAAGAAUUCAGUCCUCCUUCAACCAGUUGAGAAUCUCUCUAGAGUGCAUUCAAGGGAAUUACACUGUUCCCUUAAUUCAUCUGCCGAUGUGUCUGAAGAAGUCUUGACUCCUAAUCCUGAUACUUUCCUUCCUCCUGCUGCUCAGGGAAGUUCAGAACUAGAGACCUCAGAUGCUGAGGACAAAUUAGAAGACGCCUGUGAAGGAUUUUUACAGAAACAGUUACCUGAAGAUGCAGGAUCAGGUAUUGAGGGUUCAGGAGGAAGAAUACUGUUCUGCAGCACAGCAGCGCAGAACUCCGGCAGUAACACACGAGGAGUGAAUCAACGUAGCCAUAUGCCCGUGGCCAGUGUUGAAGCAGCACAAGAAGCCAUACUGUGGGAGCCACAGGAAGAAUGCAAAGAAAGAGAUGAAUCAGCGACAGAUAUUCAGGAUUUGUCAAGUAUCCCCUACGAGCAAGAGAACUACUGCGGGGAUAUAGACUGUAAAACGCCCAGAGCGAGUCAUGCGCCCACGAGCAUCAGCACUCCGCUCAGCUCAGAAGAAAAAAUUCCAGUAGCCUUUGAGAAAUACAAACACUACCAUGAAGUAGCUUCAGAUUCUUCCUUUCGCAGUUCUCAAGAGAUCUCUUCUGCAGAGUCCAGGACAUUCACUACAGCCUACGAAGAGGGAAGGAGCACUGAAAUUCCCUCUGGUGCUUCAGGAGUGUGCUUAUCAGAAUUGAAUGAGCCUGAUGGGUUGCCAGUAGUUGCUUCAUCCCUGAGAAGCACCAGGAAGGCACCUGCGCUCUCACAGGCAUCUAACCACUUCAUUGAUGAGCUGCCUCCACCACCCCAAGAGCUGCUGGAUGAAAUUGGAUAUUUAAAGCAGCAAGAUUCCAUCGCUGAAGACUUUAAAGAGAAGGGAUUGUAUGACUGGAGAGUGCAAAUGAACGUUCCUGAUCAAAUUAAAAUGGAAGACAGAGAGUCAGAAAAAGAACCUGAGACAAAUGAGGAGAGAAACCACAGUUUAUGGACUAAGGAGUCAUUUAAUCUAGCAGAGGAAACAGAAAGGGCUCACUCUACUCUUGAUGAUGUUUUAGAAAGAAUGCUCCGUGCGAUUCCUGGAGAUGAGGAGGUCCAACAACAACCUCAGGGACACGCUCUCGGGGCUGCAAGUGUGCAAGAUGGAGGUGAUGUUGGAAGGAAGACGAGAGUAGAGGAAGGCAGAGCCGGGGCCAGAGGCAGAGCCCCAGAAACCUGUGCACGGGGUUCAGAAGACACGCGUCCUGAAGAUCAGAAAUCCCACUUACAGGAAGAGCCAUUCCCAUUCAGGGUAAUUGUUUUGCAUCAGAGCUCUCCUACAUGAUUAAAACGGACAGUGGAUAAGUUCUAAUGUAUCACCUGCUUACUGCUGCUGGUACACUAUACAGCCUGCGAAUUGCAACCCUUUGUGGCCGCUUACAAUUGAACUUCCUUUCACCGCAGCAGCAAAUACAGAAGAAAAUCUAACGCUCUACUUUGUAAUAGUGUGUUCUGGGUUUACGCCACCGUUGCAUGUAAAGGCAGGCUCAGUAACAUCGCAGAACUGAACUGUUCUCUCGUACAACAUCCUUAUGAAGCUGGCUACGUGGUGGGGGUUUUUGCUGCGCGUGCACGCUUUCAUAAGCAAAAGAAUUUCUUGUUCUGUUGCAUUAUGCAGUUUUCAGUGUUCAGACAAAAUUAUUGUAUUCCUGUGGGCUGCUGUUACUGCUCAGGCACUUAAAUUUUCCCCUGCUGGAGUGUGGAGCACUGUUACAGCCCGUGGAGUGUAUGUUUCUCCUUGCUCAUUAAAUUUAACAAGGUAA